UUUGAACAAGUCCACAUUCGAUAGAACGUCAUGUGGCAACAUGUUUUCGUAAUGUCAAAAACGGUUUAUUUGAAGGGUAACCAAUUUUUUAUUCUUUAUUCAUAUAUUAACUCGAAAAUAUUCAAUAUCAGCGUCUUAAAUCAUCUCGUCAAUAUGCCAUUUUAUGCGGUUGCUAAUGGAGUUAAGCCAGGAAUUUAUAAAACAUGGGAUGAGUGCAGGAAGCAAAUUGAAAAUUUUAAAAAUGCCAAGUACAAGAAGUUUGAUUCUGAACAUGAAGCAAACCUUUUUGUUGAAAACUCUGGUUGUAUAAGUAUUCCAAAAAAGGCCCAAAUUAACAAUGAGCAAAACUUAGAUAAUUCUUUUUCACUGCCUUCUGAAGAAGCCAGUACAUUGGAAAUUACUCUAGAACGUAUUAAUUCUCUUGAAGGUGUUCUUUUAUCAGCUUUAUCAGAAUUAAGAGAAAUAAAAUCUUGUAUGGUCAAAUUGAAUUCUAAUAAAAAAUCAAUAAAAGCUGCUAAUGUAAAGCGUAAAGCAUCCAUCCAAGAAAAUGAAUUACCUUCGAGCAUAUGUGAUAUUUUAGAUGGAAAACCUAAUGUACCAUUUAAGUAUGACAAAGAUGGAUUUGUGGAGGUUUACACUGAUGGUGCAUGUGAGAAUAAUGGUAAAUCAAAUGCUAAAGCAGGACUUGGUGUAUUCUUCGGAGAAGGCCAUCCGUUAAAUAUCUCUGAACCUUGUAACGGAAGAGCAACAAACAAUUGCGGUGAAAUCCAAGCAGCUAUUAAAGCAGUUCAAGUACUGAAGCGUCAUGGUGAACAUAAGGUAUGCAUUUACACAGAUUCUCAAUUUCUUAUAAAUUCAAUGACCCGUUGGAUAUUUAACUGGAAAAAAAAAGGCUGGAAGUUGGCUGAUGGUAGUCCAGUGAAAAAUAAAGUUGAUUUUGAAGAACUUGAUAGAGAAAUUACAAACAUGCAUGUUAAAUGGACAUAUGUGAAAGCACAUUGUGGAAUAUUUGGAAAUGAAAUGGCUGAUCAACUUGCAAGGAAUGGUGCAGAAUUAUAUGCUAAAAGAAACAAAUCAUAAACUUUAUUUAUACUUUGGUUGUUAUGAUAAUAUAUUUUUACUCAACAUUACUCUAAGAAAACCUUUUCAUGGUUUGACCACUAUGCACAAC